AUGGAGGAACACUUGCGCCAUAGUCUGUCUAACCACCCACAUGCUUUGCAGCAUUUGCAUGCCUCGCACCGGUCGCCCGACAGGAUGACGCCUCGUUCCCUGACCGAAGGCACCUCCACUGCGGUCGAGCACGAGUUGAGCAUGAUCUCCCAUCGCCCCAGUGAUUCGGACGAAGAGGGCCAACCUCCGCCACGUUAUACCGCCGAAAGCGAUCCUUUCCAAUUAGCUUCGAAGCUCAAAACCGAGGAGGAGAUCCGCUCCAUCAAGGCCAACACUUCCCGCAAACGCGAUGCCUCUGCAAAAGGGUCCCGGGUCCUUGCCAAGGGCAGGCAGGCCAUCCUUUCCCACAAACUGCAGGACUUUUAUGAGAACCAGAAUGAGAACAUUGAGAUGAUGUUGAAGCCGGUGGAGGAGCAUGUGCGAGCUGCUCGCGAAUUGAACAGCGAAAACAGCUUGAAGUACAAGAUCGCCGUCUAUGCUAGUUUCGCUGCCAACGUCAUUCUUUGUGUCGUACAGGUCUACGGUGCCGCAUCCUCGGGUUCCUUGUCCCUGUUCACCACUAUGGCGGACGCGAUCUUCGACCCCCUGUCGAAUCUUACUUUGUUGCUGUGCAACAAGGCUGUCAACCGCGUUGAUCCGCGCAAAUUUCCCGCUGGCAAGGCUCGCAUUGAGACCGCGGGCAACAUUUGUUUCUGCUUCCUCAUGACUGCUGUCUCGUUCAUUAUUAUCGCCUUCUCCAUUCGUGAGCUUAUCGAAGGUUCGGAGACCCUCAAAUCGUCUUUCCACCUACCCUCCAUCAUCGCCGUCUCCGUGGCCUUCUUCACGAAGCUUGGUCUUUUCCUCUAUUGCUUUGCUCUGCGCAACCAGGUUUCCCAGAUCCGUAUUUUGUGGGAGGAUCAUCGAAACGAUCUGCUCAUCAAUGGCAUCGGUGUGAUGACGUCGAUCAUGGGAAGUAAGGUCCGCUGGUGGAUUGACCCUAUGGGCGCCAUUAUACUGUCGGUGUUGAUUAGUUUUCUGUGGCUCCACUCGGCCUAUGGCGAGUUCCAGCUGCUGGUUGGUGUCACUGCGGACACCAAGAUGCAGCAGCUCAUCACGUAUAUCUCUAUGACCCACUCCCCGCUCAUUACUGCUAUUGACACUGUUCGGGCUUAUACUUCGGGCCCUCGUCUUCUCGUCGAGGUUGAUGUUGUCAUGGACGCGAGUGCGUCGCUCCAUGCAACCCACGACGUUGCGGAAGAGCUCCAGAUCAAGCUGGAAUCCCUCCCCGAUGUCGAGCGCGCCUAUGUCCACGUGGACUAUGAGACUACGCACAAGCCGGAGCACUUCCUCAAGAAGGAGCUGUAA